AUGAGCGGCAGCCACCGACGGCAGCCCCCCGGCGGCGCGGGCCCUUGGCCGCCCAGCAGCGCCCGCGAGGCGCCCUCCAUGGCCGUCUAUUGCAGCGAGGCCUUCGGCGUCUACCCGCCCGCGGCCGCCGGACCGUCGGGGCCGCGAGCGCCGGGCGCCGCCUACGCGCUGGGCGACUACGCGGCGGCGGCGGCGGGGGGCGCCCAGCUGUGGGGCGUGGGCGGCGGCGGCGCUGCCUACGGGCCGGGGGCCGUCGGGGCGUCGGGGGCCCCGUCCCUGGCGCCCUACGGGGCGGGGGGCGUCGGGGCGGGGGCGCCGGAGGUGGGCUGGCUGGGCGUGGCGGGGCCGGAGGAGCUGCUGCGGCUGGUGCGGCCGCCCUACUCGUACUCGGCGCUGAUCGCCAUGGCCAUCCAGAGCGCGCCCGGCCGCCGCCUCACCCUCCGCCGCAUCUACGAGUUCGUGGCCGACGCCUUCCCCUUCUACCGGCGCAGCAGGGCCGGCUGGCAGAACUCCAUCCGACACAACCUCUCGCUCAACGACUGCUUCCGCAAGGUGCCCCGCGACGACGACGACCCCGGAAAGGGGAACUACUGGACCUUGGACCCAAACUGUGAAAAAAUGUUUGACAACGGGAAUUUCCGCCGCAAGCGCAAGAGGCGCUCAGAGAGCAGCGUGCCCAGAGGGGCCUCUCCUGCUUCUUCGGCCUUAGGGUUUUUGAAGACUGAGGACCGGCCGCCCAGCACUUCCACUCCAGGGAAGCCAAGCCCGGGGAGUCCUUCCCCUGAGCGGCAGCCCCCGGCCCCCAUGAGGGAACACUCCAGAAGUGCCUCUCCCCCGCUGAUGGUCUCGCCCGCGCCCAGCUGCCUCGGCCCCUUCUUCAGCGGCAUGAACUCGCUGAGCGGUGGAGGAGGCCGCCCAACAGGGAGCCUCGGCAGCGAGCUCCAUCCCAGAAGCUUGUCUGCUGGGCCUCUGAGCGCGGGCAGUUUCACGCCUUCCAGCAGCUCCUCACAGGAAGUCCCUCCUACAGAGCAGCUGCAGCGGGUUUCAGGUCCCACCGGUGCCUACUACAGCCCUUUACACCCUGGCAGUGGCAGCCAGGCCGGCCAGUACAACCACUUGUAUAACUUCACCGUUAGCAGCCUCAUCUAUGCUCGGGAGGGCACUGAAGUGUAG